AUGGCUAUAGCUUUGAGAUAUGUUGAUCGAGUUGGGAAUGUAAAGGAAAGAUUUAUUGAAGUUGUUUACGUGUUGGAUACAUCUUCUUUGACUCUUAAAGUCGCCAUUGAUACCGUAUUUUCCAACAAUAACUUGAGUAUGGCUCAUGUGAGGGGACAAGGUUAUGAUGGAGCAAGUAAUAUGAGUGGUGUACUCAAUGUUUUGAAAUAUUUGAUUUUAAAUGAAAACAAUUUUGCACAUUACAUAUAUUGUUUUGCACACCAACUUCAAUUAGUGGUUGUGGUGGUUGCAAAUAAACAUGACGAUGUUGAUGAAUUCUUUGAACAACUAGCUUUGGUGGUUACUGUCGUUUGUGGGUGUUCUGAAAUUGGUAUUGGUGAAACAGAACCAAGAAGAGGGUUGAAUCAAGAGAUUUCUCUUGUUCGAGUUGGAGAUACUAGAUGGGGUUCACAUUUUAGAACAAUUGUAAGUUUGGUAAAUUUGUUUGCAGAAGUUGUUGCGGUACUUAAAUAUGUCAAAGAUGAGGGGUCUACUUUAUCUAACCGUAAUCAAGCAAAGGGUAUUUUGUCAUAUUUCAAGACACUUGAUUUUGUGUUUCUUUUACACUUGAUGUUGGAAAUUCUAUGCCUCACGGAUACCUUGUCAAAGCAUCUUCAAAAAAUAGAUCAAAAUAUUUUAAAAGCGGCUUUGUUAGUAAAAGGGACAAAGAAAGCAUUGCUAGUUUUUAGAAAAAGUUGGGUUUCCACAAAUUUGGAAGAAAAAAAGGCGCAACUUAAUGGACAGCUUGAUAUCUAUUAUCACUCUUUGCUCCAUGAUGAGACAUUUUUCAACUUGAAGGGAAUUGCAGACCUCUCUCAUUUGUUGGUGGAAACCGAGAAGCACCUCUCUUUUCCUUUGGUUUGUAGAUUAUUAAAACUAGCUUUGUUUUUGUCCCUCACAACCGCAACCGUUGAACGGUGUGUUUUCUGCAAUGAAGUUCUUGAAGACCAAUUUGCGUAA